GAAACUAGCCUCAGCAGUAAGCAGUGGGAUCGAACCGCCAAAAGCAAAAACCCUAGCCCCACCUACGUUCCGCCUUAAACGAGCCGCCUUAAACGAGCCAGAGCGAGUGAGCGUAACGCUCAAUUCUCGCUCUGGCUUUUCAAUUAUUUAACUUAGGAGUGUUAGGCUAUCGACUUUCAGUCGAUAGUUUGAUGCCAUGUCCAAAAGGGUUCUUUGCAAGUUCUUUGUACAUGGUGCAUGUCUGAAAGGGGAGUACUGUGAGUUCUCACAUGAUUGGAAAGACCCUCCAAAUAAUGUAUGCGCAUACUACCAAAAAGGACUAUGUGCCUAUGGCAGCAGGUGUAGAUACGAACAUGUUGAAGUUUCUCAACAGCAUUCACCUCCAUCUUCGUCAGCUCCAGCUCAACAUCUGCUCUCAAAUCCGUCUCCCACCACCUUAUCUUCUGGAAUGCUAGCAGAUGGUGCAGGACUUUCUGCUGAGUAUUUAACUUCAGGCAGACCUUUUUACCCUCCCAACCAAGCUGCAUGGAGUGAAAGUUCAGAGAAUCAUCAUGUGGAAGAGAUUGAAAACUUUGUUGAGUUGAAGAGAAUUAAUCCAGCUGAUCAAUCAAUUUGCUCUCUUGCUGCUGCUGGUAAUUGUCCACGGGGAGAAAAAUGUCCAUAUAUUCAUGGAGAUUUAUGUCCAAUCUGUGCGAAGCAUUGCUUGCAUCCUUUUAGGCCUCAAGAAAGAGAGGAGCAUAUGAAAACAUGUGAGAAGAGGCAAAAGCACCUUGAUUUAUUGAAGCAUAGUCAAGAAAUAGAGUGUUGUGUGUGUCUUGAACGUGUACUCUCCAAGACAACUGCAACACAGCGGAAGUUUGGGAUCCUUUCUGAGUGUGAUCAUCCAUUUUGUAUAUCGUGUAUCAGGAACUGGCGCAGUGGUUCUCCUUCCUCUGGGAUUGAUAUCAACUCUACAUUUAGGACCUGUCCCGUAUGCCGGAAGCUUUCAUAUUUUGUCAUUCCAAGUGUCAUUUGGUACUCCACAAAAGAAGAAAAGCAAGAUAUCCUUGACAGCUACAAAACCAAACUCAGGUCUAUUGACUGCAAGCACUUUGACUUUGGCAAUGGGACUUGCCCAUUUGGAGCUAGUUGUUUCUACAAGAAUAAACAAGUAAAGGCUCAAGGGAGAUCCAGAUUAUGAAUGCACGGCUGGCGAAACUCUCUCUGUUCCUUCUCGUUGUUCUUACACUUAUGGCCACUGCAUUAUGGGUAUCUUUUAGGACAUUUUAUAUAUUUGAUAUGAAUUUCUUUCUUCUCUAGCAUUAAUUGAAGGAAUUUUCGUAGCACUCCAUAUCUGGAAAAAAUGAUUAUUUUGCAGAGAUCCUUUUUCCUCUCUUUGUAGAUUUCCAUAAGCUUUAUUACUUCGUUGUAGAUGAUUCAGAUCACUCUUAAUACUUUACCUUGUCAAAAAUGAAUACAAAGUCAAUAGUUUAAUCACUCUUUCCAAAAGGUUCAUCACUCGAUUCGUAAAUUGAACCCUACAAUUAGAAUAUCUCUUUUGUUCUUAUAUAUCAGAAACAAUGUACUCUCUCUCUCUCUCUCUCUCUCUCUCUUUAAUUUUUCCCCCGUCUCUACCGGUUUAACCUCUUUCCACACCUUAUUAGUACGUUGAAUAGCUUGGUUAGGUUUACUACAACCUCUCUAAGGUACUUCCAAACAUUUAUAGACAACCAUCCUAAUGAUAGGUUUUUUCUGCUCUCAUAUUUUUAAUGAUGUAUGAGGUAUGAUAACAAAUGAGGAGGUUCUAGCCUUGGAUGGCUGGAUCUGGUGCAAUUUUUCCAGGUAUUUGAAUUUCACAGUGGGGAAAAAAUGGUCGUCCACAAAUUGGUUUGGAAAAUGUCUUCCUUAGUAGAAUUGGUUGGCGUCAUUGAAAAAAUUAACCAAUAAACCCAAAGAAGAGAAAUACUAUGGUGUUUGACUACGGCAGAUCUAUGCUAAUAGAAGAGAUUGCUCGUCGAUUUCCAAUGCCUUCUCACCUCUAGCGCUGUGCAUUAGUUCCAUAACCUCAUGCUUAUACCUGCGUUACCAUGAAAUAUACAUUUAUUACUCUUCCAACUCGUCACUUUAAUUCAUCUAAUAUGCACGAUCGUAAUUACACUUCCUAUUGGUGAAGGUUGUGCUUAUUGUCUUGGGUCUCAUCAAUAAUAUAUCCUUCCCAGGACAUUCUAAUGAUAACUAGUUGUAAGUUUGACAAUUGUUUUUAGUUUCAGUUGAAAUAUUGAAUGACACUGAAGUAGAAUUUUAGUUUUGGAAGAGCAUGCGUUUCAAACGUGAUCCAACUUAGCGUAGAUUGAAAUGUAUGUGCUAAUGAUAUAGGGAUGACUCCCGUUUAGUACGGUGCUGUCACCCUAUUUCACUGGAAUUCAUAUGUUUGCUUGUUCAUUUGGUUUUUGGUUUCUUUAAUGAAUGAGGAGGGUGUCUGAGUUUGGUGACAGAUUUACUUGAUGUCACAGGGGACUGUUCUCUUCCAUAAUGGAUGUUUCCGAUAAAACUUUACAUAUUUCUUUGCAUGCUAACACACCCAUGGGUGGGUGGCUUGGUAAUCCUUUGAUAUAUUUGUAUCGCAAUGCAUGCCUGAUUGCUUUAUGGAUAUUAUGGUCCACUAUUGCAGCAUCAAUACCGUGAUGGCCGUCUGG